AUGACCUCGACUGCAGACAAGGUCGUCGACAUCGAUUACAGGAUCUGGAUCGGCACUGUCGUCACCGUUGUGCCUGCGACUAUCGCCGUGGCGCUGCGUUUCGUGUCGCGCCAUAUUGCGAAGGCUGGCUACUGGUGGGAUGACUGGGCCAUUGUAGCUUCACUGAUCGUCAAUUGGGGCAUGGCAGCCACGCGCUGGGCACAAGUCCUCGUAUACGGCUUUGGAAAACACCGCGAAGACAACCCGGUCGAGAAUGUAGUCGGAUAUCAAAAGAGCUUCAUGGCCAUCCAACUAGUCUACUUCACCAACGCAGUCCUAACAAAAGCCUCGCUCCUCCUCCUCUACCAGCGCAUCUUCGGAAUCGUCAAGACCUUCCGCUACGCCCUCUGGACCUCCUGGGUCCUGAUACUCAGCUACUUCGUCGCCUGCGUCAUCGCCUCCAUCGCCGGCUGCAAACCCCCUUCCUACCUAUGGGACCGCUUCCGCAACCCUGAUACCCCAGGAGGCUGCUUCGACGAGGUCGCCUUCUUCCGCUGGAACGGGCUGGCGAAUAUGCUCCUCGACGUUCUGAUGCUUGUCCUGCCCCUGCCUAUGGUGUGGCGCAUGCGCAUGAGUAGACGCCAGAAGUUCCUCCUUACGGGCAUUUUCUUGAUGGGGAGUUUCGUCUGCAUCGUCUCCCUCCUCCGCAUCGUCUCCUUCGACGCCGCCGACCGCCGCGACCCAACAUACACCCAAAUCCCCUCGUCAACGUGGUCGUCUGUCGAGCAAGGGACUGGCAUCGUGUGCGCCUGCCUACCGACCCUGCGUCCGCUGCGCCGUCUGUGCGGCGGUCGGUUCCGGCGCGACUCGUGGAAGUGCAGCAGCAGUAAUAGUGCGUCGAACGAGAACGAGAACUCAAAUGAGAACUCGAACUCUGGGUCGAAGCGCUCGUCGGGGUGUGAGCGGAUGGGGAUGGUUGGUGGCGAGGGUGAGGGGAGGAGAUGGGCGGAUUAUGCGGGGCCUGGUCCUGGUCCUGGUCCUGGUCCUGGGUCUGAGCACGGUCAUGGUCUUGAUCCUGAUCGAGAUCCUGUCGGGGCUUAUGCGCACCCGGGCCUUUGGGGAGAGAUGAGCGGGGUUGAUGGUGGGAGGGGCAGUCUUGCUGCGAGGGGGGAAGUUUAG